AUGUAUUGCCAUGCCGGCAGGCUCUACGACUGCGGUACCAAGCCUGAGGCGACUUGUCAUGACUUCCAAGCCCCCGAUCCAUGUGCUACAACAACUGGCACCACCACUACCGCCACGACCACCACGACCAGCACGACCACCACGACCACUACCAGCACCAGCACGACCACAACAACGACCACUAGCACGACGACCACAGAGACGUUCAUGCUGCAAACUUCAUGGCCACUCUCGGAGGCUGUUGUUGAGUACGUGUGCCUCACAACGUUCCAAGACAAGGAGCUGAUUGGUAACAAGUGCUUGGGUAUCGAAGAGCAGCGCUUCACGUUUCAAGACGGUCAGCUGAAGACUCUGGAUGACAAGUGUGUUACGGCAGUGGCAUUUUCGAAAGCCCUUCGACAGAAUGAACUCAAUCAGACCCUCCGCGACGAGUCUUCCGCGCUGGAUGCCGUGCUUCAGGACUGCACUGGCCUUCAGGAACAGCGUGUGACUUUCCACCCAGACGGCACGAUUCAUCUUGAAAUGCAGGAUUCUCUUUGCUUGGACUGGGAUGUGUAUGGAUUGUUUCGCAUCAACAACGUCUACUUCUACACGUGCAACGAACAGCAGAACGAAGUUUGGGCGAAGAUACGACCGGCUGCGGCAGUUUUCGUGACUUCUUACCCAUCCCGGGUAGACAACACGCACUGCUUGUCUUUCCAGGGCGAGGAGGUGAAAGCUGUUCCACAGGGGGCGGAUUGUCCAAAGUGGCAGUGGGAUGUCGAGACUUCUGCCUUGGUGCUUGGAGACGCCUGUCUGACGGUGUCCGACUUCCCUGAACUGAUGGAUGCAACCGAGACAGCCAGGAACUUGGCCAAAGAAGACGCCACACUGCAGGAUUGCGACGGCUCCGAAGCUCAGAAAUUCAUCUAUCACGCCGGUGGGACGAUUCAAACGCGGGGGCAAGAUCUUUGCCUAGACUGGGAUGUGGCCGGCAUCUUUAUCAAAGACAAUGUUUAUUUCUCUACUUGCAAUCUUCAAGACAACCAAGUUUGGGCGCCCGUGGAAGAUGCUUGA